CGCCGCGCGCGGCCAGGGACAGGCGGUCGCAGAGCAGCUGCGGUCGCAGAGCAGCGCCGUUCGCGGCUUCGGUGGCAGUAGGUUCGAUUCCCGCUCCCGCUCCGCUUCGGCUUUCGCUCCCCGGGCCCUUGGGCCUCCCGACGCCAGUCCCCGGCAGACCUUGCUGCGCAUUGCGCCCUUCCUGCCGUCAGGAUGCCGGUAACCGAGAAGGACCUGGCGGAGGACGCGCCGUGGAAGAAGAUUCAGCAGAACACGUUCACGCGUUGGUGCAACGAGCACCUCAAGUGCGUGAACAAACGCAUCGGGAACCUGCAGACCGACCUGAGCGAUGGGCUGCGCCUCAUUGCGCUGCUCGAGGUGCUCAGUCAGAAGCGCAUGUACCGCAAGUACCACCAGCGGCCCACCUUCCGCCAGAUGCAGCUCGAGAAUGUGUCGGUGGCGCUCGAGUUCCUGGACCGUGAGAGCAUCAAGCUCGUGUCCAUCGACAGCAAAGCCAUCGUGGACGGGAACCUGAAGCUCAUCCUGGGCCUGGUGUGGACACUGAUUCUCCACUAUUCCAUCUCCAUGCCCGUGUGGGAGGACGAAGGGGACGAUGAUGCCAAGAAGCAGACGCCCAAGCAGAGGCUGCUGGGAUGGAUCCAGAACAAGAUCCCCUACUUGCCCAUCACCAACUUUAACCAGAACUGGCAAGACGGCAAAGCCCUGGGAGCCCUGGUGGACAGCUGUGCUCCAGGUCUGUGCCCAGACUGGGAAUCCUGGGACCCACAGAAGCCUGUGGAUAAUGCACGAGAAGCCAUGCAGCAGGCAGACGACUGGCUGGGUGUCCCACAGGUCAUCACUCCCGAGGAAAUUAUUCACCCAGAUGUGGAUGAGCACUCAGUGAUGACCUACCUGUCCCAGUUCCCCAAAGCCAAGCUCAAGCCGGGCGCCCCUCUGAAACCCAAACUCAACCCCAAGAAAGCCAGGGCCUACGGCAGAGGCAUCGAGCCCACCGGAAACAUGGUGAAGCAGCCCGCCAGGUUCACUGUGGACACCAUCAGCGCCGGGCAGGGAGACGUGAUGGUGUUUGUCGAGGACCCAGAAGGGAACAAGGAAGAGGCACAAGUGACCCCUGACAGUGAUAAGAACAAGACAUACUCUGUGGAGUAUCUGCCCAAGGUCACUGGGCUGCACAAAGUCACAGUCCUCUUUGCAGGACAGCACAUCUCUAAGAGCCCAUUUGAAGUGAAUGUCGACAAGGCCCAGGGAGACGCCAGUAAAGUCACCGCAAAAGGCCCAGGCCUAGAAGCUGCAGGGAACAUCGCCAACAAGCCCACCUACUUUGACAUCUACACGGCAGGUGCCGGCGUGGGGGACAUCGGCGUGGAGGUGGAGGACCCCCAGGGGAAGAAUACCAUGGAGUUGCUCGUGGAAGACAAAGGAAACCAGGUGUAUCGGUGUGUGUACAAACCAGUGCAGCCCGGCCCCCACGUGGUCAAGGUCUCCUUUGCUGGGGACACCAUUCCGAAGAGUCCCUUUGUCGUGCAGGUCGGGGAAGCCUGCAGUCCAAACGCCUGCCGGGCCAGUGGCCGGGGCCUGCAGCCCAAAGGCGUCCGCAUCCGGGAGACUGCGGACUUCAAGGUUGACACCAAAUCUGCUGGAAGUGGGGAGCUUGGCGUAACCGUGAAGGGUCCUAAGGGUCUGGAGGAGCUGGUGAAACAGAAAGGCUUUCUGGAUGGAGUCUAUGCAUUCGAGUAUUACCCCAGCACCCCGGGGAAAUACAGCAUCGCCAUCACGUGGGGGGGACACCACAUUCCAAAGAGCCCCUUUGAGGUUCAAGUUGGCCCAGAGGCAGGCAUGCAGAAAGUCCGCGCAUGGGGCCCCGGCCUCCUGGGAGGGAUUGUUGGGCGGUCGGCGGACUUCGUGGUGGAGUCUGUUGACUCUGAAGUGGGGUCUCUGGGGUUUGCCAUUGAAGGCCCCUCCCAGGCGAAGAUAGAGUACGAUGACCAGAAUGAUGGCUCCUGUGACGUCAAGUACUGGCCCAGGGAGCCCGGCGAGUAUGCCGUUCACAUCAUGUGUGACGACGAAGACAUCAAGGACAGCCCAUACAUGGCCUUCAUCCACCCGGCCUCCGGAGACUGCAACCCGGACCUGGUCCAAGCAUAUGGGCCAGGUUUGGAGAAAUCUGGGUGCAUUGUCAACAACCUAGCUGAGUUCACCGUGGACCCUAAGGAUGCUGGAAAAGCUCCCUUAAAGAUAUUCGCUCAGGACGGGGAAGGCCAGCCCAUUGACAUCCAGACGAAGAGCCGGAUGGACGGCACGUACUCCUGCUCGUACACGCCGGUGAAGGCCAUCAAGCAUACCAUUGCCGUGGUCUGGGGAGGUGUGAACAUCCCACACAGCCCCUACAGGGUCAACAUCGGACAGGGUAGCCAUCCCCAGAAGGUCAAAGUGUUUGGGCCAGGCGUGGAGAAGAGCGGACUCAAGGCAAAUGAGCCCACUCACUUCACGGUGGACUGUACUGAGGCCGGGGAAGGUGAUGUCAGCGUGGGCAUUAAAUGUGAUGCCCGGGUGUUAAGUGAGGAUGAGGAAGACGUGGAUUUUGACAUCAUUCACAAUGCCAACGACACGUUCACGGUCAAAUAUGUGCCUCCUGCCGCUGGGCGAUACACAAUCAAGGUUCUGUUUGCAUCUCAGGAAAUCCCUGCCAGCCCUUUCAGAGUCAAAGUUGACCCUUCCCAUGAUGCCAGUAAAGUGAAGGCAGAAGGCCCAGGGCUCAGCAAAGCAGGCGUGGAAAACGGGAAACCGACCCACUUCACUGUCUACACCAAAGGGGCCGGAAAAGCCCCACUGGACGUGCGGUUCAGCGGCCCCGUUCCCGGCGACGCCGUGAAGGAUCUGGAUGUCAUCGAUAACUAUGACUACUCCCACACCGUGAAGUACACGCCCACUCAGCAGGGCAGCGUGCAGGUCCUGGUUACCUACGGUGGCGAUCCCAUCCCUAAAAGCCCUUUCACUGUGGGUGUCGCUGCUCCGCUGGACUUGAGCAAGAUAAGAAUUAAUGGGCUGGAAAACAGAGUCGAAGUCGGGAAGGAUCAGGAGUUCACCAUUGACACCAGGGGGGCAGGGGGCCAGGGGAAGCUGGACGUGACCGUCUUGAGCCCCUCGAGGAAGGUCGUGCCAUGCCUAGUGGCGCCUGUGGUGGGCCAGGAGAGCAACACGGCCAAGUUCAUUCCCCGAGAGGAAGGGCUCUACGCCAUUGACAUGACCUACGACGGGCACCCCGUGCCUGGGUGCCCCUACACCAUGGAGGCCUCGCUGCCGCCAGAUCCCACCAAGGUGAAGGCCCACGGUCCUGGCCUUGAAGGUGGCCUGGUGGGCAAGCCUGCUGAGUUCACCAUCGACACCAAAGGAGCUGGAACUGGAGGUUUGGGCCUAACCGUGGAAGGUCCGUGCGAGGCCAAAAUCGAAUGUUCUGACAAUGGGGAUGGGACAUGCUCCGUCUCUUACCUUCCCACAAAGCCGGGGGAGUACUUGGUCAACAUUCUCUUCGAAGAAGUCCACAUCCCUGGCUCUCCCUUCAAAGCUGAUAUUGAAAUGCCGUUUGACCCCUCGAAAGUGGUGGCAUCCGGACCGGGUCUCCACCACGGGAAAGUGGGCGAAGCUGGGCUGCUUAGCGUCGACUGUUCGGAAGCGGGGCCUGGGGCCCUGGGUCUGGAAGCCAUCUCAGACUUGGGAGCGAAAGCCGAAGUCUGUAUUGAGAACCACAAAGAUGGCACUUACGCAGUGACCUACGUGCCCCUGACCGCUGGCAUGUACACGCUGACCAUGAAGUAUGGCGGGGAGCUUGUGCCUCACUUCCCCGCCAGGGUCAAGGUGGACCCCGCCGUGGACACCAGCAGGGUCAAAGUCUUUGGGCCAGGAAUAGAAGGAAAAGAUGUAUUUCGUGAAGCCACCACUGACUUCACUGUGGACUCCCGGCCCCUGACACAGGUCGGGGGUGACCACAUCAAGGCCCACAUUGCCAACCCCUCAGGCGCCUCCACGGAAUGUUUUGUCACGGACAAUGCUGAUGGCACCUACCAGGUGGAGUACACCCCCUUUGAGAAAGGGCUCCAUGUAGUGGAGGUGACAUACGAUGAUGUGCCCAUCCCAAACAGUCCCUUCAAAGUGGCUGUAACUGAAGGCUGCCAGCCAUCUCGGGUUCAAGCCCAAGGACCUGGACUGAAGGAGGCCUUCACCAACAAACCCAACGUCUUCACUGUGGUUACCAGAGGAGCAGGAAUUGGUGGGCUUGGCAUAACUGUGGAGGGACCCUCAGAAUCGAAGAUAAACUGCAGAGACAACAAAGAUGGCAGCUGCAGUGCUGAGUACAUCCCCUUUGCUCUGGGGGAUUAUGAUGUUAACAUCACAUAUGGAGGAGCCCACGUCCCUGGCAGCCCCUUCAGAGUUCCUGUGAAGGAUGUUGUGGACCCCAGCAAGGUCAAGAUCACCGGCCCAGGGCUGAGCUCGGGCAUCCGUGCCCACAUCUUGCAGUCCUUCACGGUGGACAGCAGCAAGGCCGGCCUGGCCCCCUUGGAAGUGAGAGUUCUGGGCCCUCGAGCUGAUGAGAUGGAUUCCCAGUCAUGGCACAGCCCCUUGAAAGCCAUUUCAGAGUUCUUUAAAGGUGACCCGAAGGGUGACUUUAUGGAGACAGGCCUGGUGGAGCCAGUGAACGUAGUGGACAAUGGGGAUGGCACACACACGGUGACCUACACCCCAUCCCAGGAGGGGCCUUACAUGAUCUCUGUUAAAUACGCUGAUGAAGAGAUCCCUCGUAGUCCCUUUAAGGUCAAGGUCCUUCCCACAUAUGAUGCCAGCAAAGUGACCGCCAGUGGCCCGGGCCUCAGUUCCUAUGGCGUGCCCGCUAGUCUGCCCGUGGAGUUCGCGAUUGAUGCCAGAGAUGCUGGGGAAGGCCUGCUUGCUGUUCAGAUAACGGACCAGGAGGGAAAACCCAAAAGAGCCAUUGUCCACGACAAUAAAGAUGGCACAUAUGCCGUCACCUACAUCCCCGACAAGACCGGACGCUACAUGAUUGGGGUCACCUACGGGGGGGACGCCAUCCCGCUCUCUCCCUACCGCAUCCGGGCCACACAGACGGGUGAUGCCAGCAAGUGCUUGGCCACAGGUCCGGGAAUCGCCUCCACUGUGAAAACCGGAGAGGAAGUGGGCUUUGUGGUUGACGCCAAGACAGCUGGGAAGGGGAAGGUGACCUGCACAGUUCUGACCCCAGACGGCACUGAGGCUGAGGCCGAUGUCAUCGAGAACGAGGAUGGCACCUAUGACAUUUUUUACACGGCCGCCAAGCCGGGCACCUACGUAAUCUACGUGCGCUUUGGCGGCGUCGAUAUUCCCAACAGCCCCUUCACUGUCAUGGCCACAGAUGGGGAAGUCGAGGCCGUGAAGGAGGCACCAGUAAAUGCAUGUCCCCCCGGAUUCAGGCCCUGGGUGACCGAAGAGGCCUAUGUCCCAGUUAGUGACAUGAACGGGCUGGGAUUUAAGCCUUUUGACUUGGUCAUUCCGUUUGCCGUCAGGAAAGGAGAAAUUACUGGAGAGGUCCACAUGCCUUCCGGGAAGACGGCCGCCCCGGAGAUUGUGGACAACAAGGACGGCACGGUCACCGUCAGAUACGCCCCCACAGAGGUGGGGCUCCACGAGAUGCACAUCAAAUACAUGGGCAGCCACAUCCCUGAGAGCCCGCUCCAGUUCUACGUGAACUACCCCAACAGUGGGAGCGUUUCUGCCUACGGUCCAGGCCUGGUGUAUGGAGUGGCCAGUAAAACCGCCACCUUCACCAUCGUCACCGAGGAUGCAGGAGAAGGAGGCCUGGACUUGGCUAUUGAGGGGCCCUCAAAGGCCGAAAUCAGCUGCAUUGACAACAAAGAUGGGACGUGCACAGUGACCUACCUGCCCACCCUGCCAGGCGACUACAGCAUCCUGGUCAAGUACAACGACAAGCACAUCCCUGGCAGCCCCUUCACAGCCAAGAUCACAGAUGACAGCAGACGGUGCUCUCAGGUGAAGCUGGGCUCUGCCGCUGACUUCCUGCUCGACAUCAGCGAGACCGACCUCAGCACCCUGACAGCCAGCAUCAAGGCCCCGUCCGGCCGCGACGAGCCCUGCCUCCUGAAGAGGCUGCCAAACAAUCACAUCGGCAUCUCCUUUAUCCCCCGGGAGGUGGGCGAGCACCUGGUCAGCAUCAAGAAGAAUGGCGACCACGUGGCCAACAGCCCCGUGUCCAUCAUGGUGGUCCAGUCUGAGAUCGGGGACGCCCGCAGAGCCAAAGUCUACGGCCGCGGCCUGUCAGAAGGACGGACUUUCGAGAUGUCUGACUUCAUCGUGGACACAAGGGAUGCAGGUUACGGCGGCAUAUCCUUGGCCGUGGAAGGCCCCAGCAAAGUGGACAUCCAGACAGAAGACCUGGAAGACGGCACCUGCAAGGUAUCCUACUUCCCCACCGUGCCCGGCGUGUACAUAGUCUCCACCAAAUUCGCCGACGAGCACGUGCCCGGCAGCCCAUUUACCGUGAAGAUCAGCGGGGAGGGAAGAGUCAAGGAGAGCAUCACCCGGACCAGUCGGGCCCCGUCUGUGGCCACCGUCGGGAGCAUCUGUGACCUCAACCUGAAAAUCCCAGAAAUCGACAGCAGCGACAUGUCGGCCCACGUCACCAGCCCCUCCGGCCGCGUGACCGAGGCAGAGAUUGUGUCCGUGGGGAAGAACUCGCACUGUGUCCGGUUUGUGCCCCAGGAGAUGGGUGUUCACACGGUCAGUGUCAAGUACCGCGGCCAGCACGUGACCGGCAGCCCCUUCCAGUUCACCGUGGGGCCGCUCGGAGAGGGGGGUGCCCACAAGGUCCGGGCAGGGGGCCCCGGCCUGGAGAGAGGAGAAGCAGGAGUCCCAGCUGAGUUCAGCAUCUGGACCCGGGAAGCGGGGGCCGGGGGCCUCUCCAUCGCUGUUGAGGGCCCCAGUAAGGCCGAGAUCACAUUCGAUGACCAUAAAAACGGAUCGUGCGGUGUGUCCUAUAUUGCCCAAGAGCCUGGUAACUACGAGGUGUCCAUCAAGUUCAACGAUGAGCACAUCCCCGAAAGCCCCUACGUGGUCCCGGUCAUCGCGCCCUCUGACGACGCCCGCCGCCUCACUGUUCUGAGCCUUCAGGAAUCGGGAUUAAAAGUUAACCAGCCAGCCUCCUUUGCUAUAAGGUUGAAUGGGGCCAAAGGCAAGAUUGAUGCAAAGGUGCAUAGCCCCUCUGGAGCCGUGGAGGAGUGCCACGUAUCCGAGCUGGAGCCAGGGCAGGAAAGGAAAGGAUGGGGGCAGGAGGCCUCAGAAGGAGCAAAUGUUGCAGAUAAGUACGCUGUUCGCUUCAUUCCCCAUGAGAAUGGCAUCCACACGAUCGACGUCAAGUUCAACGGGAGCCAUGUGGUUGGAAGCCCCUUCAAAGUGCGCGUCGGGGAGCCCGGACAAGCGGGGAACCCUGCCCUGGUGUCUGCCUAUGGCUCGGGGCUUGAGGGCGGCACCACAGGUAUCCAGUCUGAAUUUUUCAUCAACACCACCCGAGCCGGCCCGGGGACAUUAUCUGUCACAAUCGAAGGCCCGUCCAAAGUUAAAAUGGAUUGCCAGGAAACCCCAGAAGGGUACAAAGUCAUGUACACCCCUAUGGCUCCUGGGAAUUACCUGAUCGGCGUCAAAUAUGGGGGGCCCAACCACAUCGCGGGCAGCCCUUUCAAGACCAAGGUGACAGGCCAGCGGCUGGUCGGUCCCGGCACAGCCAACGAAACUUCAUCCAUCCUGGUGGAGUCAGUGACCAGGUCCUCAACAGAGACCUGCUAUAGCGCCAUCCCCAAGGCAUCCUCGGACGCCAGCAAGGUGACCUCCAGGGGGGCAGGGCUCUCAAAGGCCUUCGUGGGCCAGAAGAGCUCCUUCCUGGUGGACUGCAGCAAAGCUGGUUCCAACAUGCUGCUGAUCGGUGUCCAUGGGCCCACCACCCCUUGCGAAGAGGUCUCCAUGAAGCAUGUGGGCAGCCAGCAGUACAAUGUCACAUACGUGGUCAAGGAGAAGGGGGAUUACAUUCUGGCCGUGAAGUGGGGAGACGAACACAUUCCCGGCAGCCCCUUCCAUGUCACAGUGCCUUAAGACAGUUCUCUUCCGUUCCUGGGAGGAGUUCUAGGGGCUGCUUUUGUUGCUUGUUUUUAUAACUUGUUUUCCAAAGUUCUCUGGCCUGUUUGUGGGUCUGAAACCUCAUCCCGAAAACAUUGCUGUUCUAAAGUGCCUUGAGAAAUAGAUCCCAGACUUGACUCUUUAAGGAUGCAUUGGGGACUCUUAAGAAAUGCAAGCUCAUCAAGAGGCUGAGAUCACCCAACACUCCGUUUAAGUCAUACCUCUUGGUGUCUCAGAUCGCCCCCUGCAGACCAAGAACGCAGGCAAGACUUGAGAUUUGUUUAAAAAAAAAAAAAAAGAAAUGAAGUCGCCAAUUUGUGAAACAGGACGGGGAAAGAGGGUGGGGACAAGGAGGAAGGAGAUGUAAAUUCCAGUUGUCAUUUAGAAGAAAAGAUGACUUAAAACCAGCUCCGUCUGUCCAGUGCCCACAUUACAUAAGAAAAGCUACUCAAUGGUCACCACCGUUUCAACACUACUUGUCAGCACAGCCCGCCCCAGGCCAUGGCCUGCUCUCGCCUGCCUUGUUUGCUGAUGAUUCCCCUGCAAAGUCAUAACAGGAAACCCUCCUGGCACCCAGGUUUUUGCUUUUGUCUUUAGGGUCCCUUUCAGUCACAGAUCUGAGGAAAUUCUGCCAUGACAGGCAGCCUCCGUUUGCCAGAGAUCUCCUUUUUAACCACCGCUAGCCCUUGUUCCUAACACACGCUCCCAAGUGACCGCAGGUGGGUCCAUGUGUCAGCACACUCCUCUGAGGAGGCCUGUCUUGGGAGGUGACACUCCACACCCACCCCUGGCCAGCCCCUGCAGUCACUUCUUCCAGAAAAUAAUUAUAGAUAAGAAAGAAUGAAACUCCCACCGACCUCUGGCCUGAAAGUCAGGCCUUGUGGAAGGGGGCAAAGAAGGACAGUAGCUCACUGGUGGCCUUUGACCAUGUUGCUGGAAAAGUGGAAGCUAUGCAGCCGACAGUGGCUGUGAAUUGGUCCUGACUGCAUGUCAUCCACGGCCUUUGGGAAAGCAAUAUGCAGGUGCAAAAUUCCAAAAAUGGGGCGUAAGGCAUUUUGCACACCUUCCUGCAGACCUGGCUUUGGAAUGAAGUUAACGUAUUCUGCACACUGCCUGACCUCAGGGCCCAGGUGGUGGUGUGGUCAGGGCACGCAGACCUCUCCGAUUUGCUGCUCAGUCCUGAGGAAGUGGUCACUGUUGUCACGAGGGCCUCCAUGGGUGGUUCGGGGGCAAGGUGGCCUUCACGCAGGUGUCGCAGCUGGAGGAGAGUGUCCACAGGACCCCACUCGGGAGAAACCGGAGCGGCCCAAAAGCCAGUGUGAAAGGACCCCAGCCAUGUUAACCGGGAUGUGGAAGCAAAACUGGAAUCAAAUGCAACUGUAAAUUGUACCUUAUAACUUAUUAAAUAAGAUGUUUGCUCCGUAAA